AUGACCAACCUGAACAUGAAGGGGGCACUGAGCACGUAUAUGACGGCACUGGCAAUAUCUAUUGCUUUCAUAGGCUGUCUGAGAAAUUUUUGCUACUAUUCCCAACUUCAAUGCAACCACACCUGCACAGGUCCAGAGCUGUGGGGACUGGUUUCACAAACCUGCAAUGGCAGAUCUCAGUCUCCAGUUAAUAUUGUCACAAGGAAAGUGCUACCAGAUGAACUCCUGACUCCUUUUCACUUCACCGGUUAUAAAGAGACUUUUUAUGGGAGCCUCAUAAACAAUGGCCACAGUGUUCAGCUAAAUUUGCCUUCCAGUAUACAAAUCAAAGGAGGAAAUCUGGUUGAUGAAUACAAGGCAAUUCAGUUUCACCUGCACUGGGGCAAAGAUGGAGGACUUGGUUCUGAGCACACAAUUGAUGGAGAAAAGUUUCCAAUGGAGAUGCAUAUCGUCCAUAUAAAAGAAGAAUAUGACUCGUUAGCUGAGGCUUCAAAAGACAGUACGGGUGUGGCUGUUUUGGGAUUUUUCUUUCAGGAGUCUGAGUCUGCAAAUGAGAAGUAUGAUCAUCUUAUCAGUGCACUGAAAUACAUAUCUCAACCUAAAACGAAUGUAACGCUGGUGGGUGUCUCCCUGGACAUGUUCAUUCCUUCUGAAAUUAACAGGACCAAGUACUUUCGCUACAAAGGCUCCCUCACCACACCUGACUGUGCUGAAGCUGUGGUCUGGACCCUGUUUGAAAGCACUAUUCCUCUCAGCAGGAAUCAGCUCACUGCUUUCAGCCAACUUCUGUUUUAUGAUGGACAGAAAAUGGUCAACAACUACAGACCAGUACAGCCUUUGAAUGGAAGAGAGGUGUAUUACUCCAGUGGCCAACUUGCUUUGGUCAGCUGUGUGUUGUUCACCAAGUCAGUGCUGCUGUCCAGUGCAAACUUUAUUUAAUUUAAUCAAUUUUUAUGCACAAAUACCCUUGUUUGUGACAUCUGAUGAUUUUCAAAUAGAAGAAGAAAAAAAUUAUGUAGUGUAUAUUUAAAAGUAAAGGGUGUAAAUUCAAUAGAUGCUUCAAAACAACAUGUAUCAAACACUACAUGCUUAUUUGAAUCAGAAUAUGUAAGAUAUGUAAGAUUUUAUCUACAACAAAAUAUGUUAUUGACAAAUAAGUAAAUUAGUUACUUUUGGUUUUAAAUGUUUCACAAUGAUGAUCUCACUACAAUUUACACACAUUUUUGGGGGACAUAGACUAAAUGUUUAAGGAUAGUUAGAUUGCUUUCUUUGCACUGAAUGGGACAACAUAUGACUUCAUUGUGCUUUCAGCAGAAUAGCAAUAAAGAAUUCUGAUUCUGAUUCACAUAUAUUCACUUGUGCUGAUAUAAUAUUUCUGAUAAAUAUCAUGAUGCAUUCUAUUACAUGCUUUCCUACUGUUCUGGAAACAUCUAAACUCUGACUUAUGUGUUAACACUAUAAUGUGUAUUAUUAAGGUAUGUUUUACCUGUCAAUUCUUUGUCAUUUGUAAUGUCAUUAAUGAUCAAAUAA